UCUCAAACGCUAAACUAGAGUCUUACAUUAGCACACGACCAAAAGAAGUCAAGGAAGGACGACGCUACGAACGAGAGCUUCAACGACCACCGCUGCCUAUUCUCGCAUUUGAGACACAAAGGAGACCAUGUCGAAGCAAGAGAGCGACGCUGCGCGGAAGUCGGCGGUCGACGACGAUGAGCCCGAUGACUGGGACAAGCGCAUCUUCAGUACGGGUUGCGCAGACGAGAACGCAAAAUUGACGGACUGCUAUUUCGAAAAGAAGGACUGGAGGCAGUGCACGGCCGAGAUGGAGCGGUUCAAGAGCUGUUGGAAGCAGCAGGGCAACGACCAGCGGACCGAUAUGAAGGAUGCAUAAGCCAACAGCGCAUGCCUCUCCUGAAUAGACUGUAAAACAUUGUACCAAAAGCUGUAGAUCCAUCUCACCCAGGAGAGAACGAAUCCCAACUCUCAAAUUCUCCAAC